UAUUUUUUGGAACAACUGAAAACUUCCGCAGAAUUCUGGCCGAAUCAACCAAGUCAAACAUGGCUAAUGGUGAAUUUGUUUAUAUUACGGUAGAACCUUAUCCACACCCUUCGUGGGGAAAUUACUCAUGGAAAUUUAAUGAUGACCUCGAUGAAAUACUUGAGGAAACAUGGCGUUCAGUAUUAGUGAUUACUUUGGCCGAAACAGAAACCGGUCGACUGCAGAUUCUUGCCCCUCGAUUUCCCGUAUGGAAAGCCCGUGCGAAAGAAGUCUAUGGCUUUGACAUUCCAGACGAUGAAAGCAUAAAUUUUUCUCAACUUUCGGCUUACGAAGCCAUGUCGAUCUUCUCAAAGGUUCUGCGAGAGGCCAUCGUGGAACAGCCUCUACGAAACUGGAGCAAUGGCACGGAAUUUGCCGAAAGGUUUCACAAUCGAAAGGUCGAUGUAGUUACCGGACCAGUUAGGUUCAGUGAAGAUGGAAGUCGGCGUGUUAAUCUUGUACUUCGAGACUACAACACCACAACCGGUCGCCUAGAGCCUGUACUUCUUUACGAUUCGCUGACCAAUGCGCUUCAAUCAUUGGGUCCCAUUGACUGGCCGUAUCGAGAUACGCCGCCACCCGAUGCACCAGUGUGCGGAUUUAGCGGCGGUUUAUGUGCUCUUAGCAACAACCAAUUGUACACCACUGUGGUAGCUACGGUUUGCGCGCUUCUGUUUCUUCUUCUCGGUUUCGGAGCUGCGUUCAGGAAAUGCCGGCAGACCAAGAAAGAGCUGACGUCCAGGCGAUGGGAGAUCAACCGCGCAAACUUGAAAUGCCCAGAUUUUCACAGCCUAAUCGUGAGCGACGGCUCGGCCGGGUCAUUACGCUUACGGCGUCGCCAUAUGCAUGAUAAGAAGCCUAGCCUUCCACUGCCACUUGGGGAACGGAAAUCGGACAUAUCUGUGUUUACGAUUGAUCAUAAAGGUCAUUUUCCUCAUGGAGAGAUGAGUUACAACGAUCGGCAGGUUUGGGCGAAAGAGAUACCGUGCAUGUACCCUCUGGAUGAACUACCAAAAUCCGCUACGAAGAUAUUAGCGCAGCUGAUUGGGCUGUACCAUCAAAAUGUAAACACUUUUAUUGGAAUUUGUACAGCCUAUGACGGUGUCUCCAUGCUUUUUCUGGAUGAGUAUUGCAAGCGCGGCUCUUUACACGACAUGCUGUCCACGCAAAAACCUGAUCCGGAACUGAAAAAGUCAUUCGUCCAGGAUAUAAUAUUUGGAUUGCGUUUUCUUCACGAGGCGACCGUAAAGAUGCAUGGAUUUUUAACCAGUUCUUGCUGCCUUAUUGAUGGGCGGUUUAUCCUGAAAAUUGCUAAAGUAUGCCAACACAAGGUCACUAAGAUUCUCAGCGGCGCACAGAAAUCAAGGAAUUUCAAAUUUGCGGACCUAUUUUGGACUGCACCAGAGCGUAUACUCCAAGCCGGAAAAGCUGAGCCGACGCAAAAGAGCGAUAUCUAUUCAAUGGCCAUAAUUAUUGCCGAAAUUUACAUGGGAACGCUUUUGUAUAAUCAGCCUCCUGAAGAUUUAUACGAACAGAUUACUGUUGCCAAAAAUAUUUCUUGCCGGCCGUUUAUUGAUCAUUCUCAUGUGCCCGAUGACCUUAUUCCGGUGCUUCAAAACUGCUGGCACGAAAAACCAACAAGUCGACCAACCAUACAGCAAGCUCAGACUAGUAUUUUUCGUAAACUCAUCAUAUCUGGUCGGGAUAAAUUAGUGGAUAAGAUGUUGAAACGCCUGGAGACAUAUUCUGAAGAUCUGGAGGUCAGGGUGUACGAGCGCACACUGGAGCUUCAACGUGAACAGAGAGAAAGCGAUUCCUUAUUAGCUGAAGUCUUUCCCAAAUCAUUCGUCCAAAGACUGAGGAUGCGAGAAUACAUCAAGCCAGAAAUGUUUGAGCAGGUGACAGUCUACUUCAGCGAUAUCAUCGGAUUCGCCGAGAUUGUCAACACAGCCACGCCCUACGAAGUCAUAAGUUUUUUGGGUAGUACGUAUGCUGCGUUUGAUCAAAUUAUUCCGUCGUUCGAUGUAUACAAAGUGGAGACCAUAAACGAUUCUUAUGUGGUGGCCAGUGGACUGCCGAUCAAGAACGGUGACAACCAUGCACUGGAAAUAGUCGCCAUGGCUUGUUUUUUGAUGAAGGUCUACUACAAGUCAAUCUUCCGUGGAGAAACCGAUUUACGGAUAGGCAUACACACGGGACCUCUUGCGGCGGGGAUUGUUGGGACCAAAGCUCCACGUUAUUGUUUAUUUGGUGAUACCAUGAACACGGCCAGCAGAAUGGAAAGCCACGGUGAGGCUGGUCGAAUUCACAUCAGCAGCCAGACGGCUGCUCUUAUUGGUUCUGCCGCCAAAUUUGUUCUACAGCCGCGCGGUCAUACUGUGAUUAAAGGAAAGGGCGAGAUGUUCACAUUCUGGUUGGAAUGGCAUUUAAGCUUUUUGGAUAGUUAGUGAACAAGCUUUGUGUUUUCAUAAAAAAAUUGCACGUCAAAAUCCUAUCUUAAAGUUGCAAAGCAUAUCGUUCUGAUUUGUCUUUCUAGAUUUGUGUGAUCACUUAAACUUACGGCUGAGCACUACUAACUAGUAAA